AUGACAGAGCCAGCUGCCUCAUAUGCCCCCAUUCCCAUAGCCGUGGUGGGAAUGGGCUGCAGAUUUGCCGGGACCGCCACAAAUCCAAAGGCACUAUGGCAAGUACUGGAGGAGGGAAGGAGUACCUGGUCCCCGAUCCCCUCCUCGCGAUUCAACCUUGAUGGAGUCUACCACCCAAGUGGCGAAAGAUUAGGAACGACGCACGUUCGCGGUGGCCAUUUUCUAGAGGAAGACCCGGCUUUCUUCGACGCGGCGUUUUUCAACGUGUCAGGUGAAGUUGCCAGUUGUAUAGAUCCGCAGCAUCGACUUAUACUUGAAGUUGUUUACGAAGCGCUGGAAGCCGCCGGGAUCCCCAUCGGAAGUGUAGCCGGUUCAAACGCUGCAGUCUUUGCGGGGACAAUGUCUCACGAUUAUCAGGAUUCACUGUAUCGCAGCCCGGAAACUCUUCCUAGAUACCUUGUCACAGGUAAUGCGGGUACAAUGGUGGCCAACCGUGUCUCCCACUUCUAUGACCUUCGCGGCCCCAGUGUCACGAUUGACACCGCAUGUUCGACAACUCUGACUGCUCUUCACCUUGCAGUACAAAGCCUACGAGCCGGGGAGGCAACGAUAGCCAUCGUAACCGGGGCUAAUUUGAUGUUGAGCUCCAACAUUUUCACAACCAUGUCCACGUUAGGUUUCCUCUCGCCCGAUGGGGUAUCAUACUCGUUUGAUUCGAGGGCAAAUGGAUAUGGGCGUGGCGAGGGGGUUGCUGCCAUCGUUCUCAAGCCUCUGUUUCGUGCGCUGCAGGAUAAUGACCCGAUCCGGCUCGUCGUUCGCGAGACAGCGCUCAGCCAAGAUGGCCGGACACCCGCGAUCAGCGCUCCAAGCGCUGAGGCACAGGAGCAUCUGAUCCGGGAAUGCUAUCGGAAGGCCGCGCUGAGCCCGGAGCAAACAUCGUACAUUGAGGCGCACGGGACAGGGACCCCAGCCGGCGAUCCACUCGAGCUCCGAGCCAUUUCGGCGGCGUUUGACGGCCAGCCCCUGCAUAUCGGCUCUGUCAAAGCCAACAUUGGGCAUACUGAAGCUUCUAGUGGCCUAGCAAGUGUCAUUAAGAUGGCGAUGGCAUUAGAAAGAUGCGUGAUACCACCGAACCCAAGUUUCCUGCAACCCGAGGAAGCAUUAAUUGAGAGGACAGGCCUUAAGAUUCCUUUCUCUCGUCAACCUUGGGCCCCGGUGGACGGAGCUCGCCGUGCAUCAAUCAAUAAUUUCGGUUUUGGUGGUGCGAAUGCUCAUGCGAUCGUCGAAAGUUAUGAGCCCUUGGAGGAAAUGUCGCGGACUGAAGCCAACGGCUUUGCUCGACUAUGCGAACUAUGUGACGAUCACGCGGAACCAGAUCCUCCAGGGCGGAUCUAUGUCUUAAGUGCAAAGGAUGAGCGCGGUUGCCAGCGAAUGAUAUCGGAGUUAAGUGACUACCUCACAGACACCAAAUCUCCCGACGAGAGGCAAAUUCUGGCGAACUUAGCCCACACGUUGGCCUCACGUCGCUCGAGCUUUCGAUGGAAGGCCGCCUGUGUAGCACAGAGCCUAGCAAGCCUGACCUCAAGGCUAAGCAACGAGGGGACCAGGCCUCGAAAAUCAGCCGAUAAAGUAAGGCUGGGGUGGGUCUUUACCGGCCAGGGAGCACAGUGGUUUGCAAUGGGCCGCGAGUUGAUUAAAGCGUACCCUGUCUUCAGGCAGGCACUGCUCGAGUGUGAUGGUUACAUCAGAGACAUGGGAGCGAGCUGGUCUCUUUUAGAGGAACUUGAUCGCGUCGAAGCGGAGAGUCGUGUGAACGAAGCCCAAAUCAGUCUUCCAUUGUCCACAUCCAUUCAGAUCGCUCUUGUUCGCCUGCUCUGGUCAUGGAAUAUCCGUCCGAUGACCAUUACUAGUCACUCUAGUGGAGAGGCAGCAGCAGCUUACGCUGUCGGGGCAAUCACAGCACGGUCGGCCAUAGGGAUCAAUUAUAUACGCGGUGUCUGCUUGUCAAUGGGUCAGGGGGUGACGUCUAUCCAGGGAGGCAUGCUGGCUGCGGGAUUGGGUCGCAAGGAGAUUAGCGACUACAUCGACAGGGUCCGAAAUGAGAAAGAGUGCUUAGUGGUAGCAUGUGUCAACAGCCCGUGCAGUGUAACUAUGUCGGGUGAUCUUGCUACGAUUUCAAGAUUGGAGGAGCUGUUGAAUGCUGAUCAAAUAUUUACCAGGCGCGUCAAGGUCACCCAUGCAUUCCACUCUUACCAUAUUCACGCGUUGGCGGAUGCUCUCCGGGAUCCCCUAACAGAUAUUCUUGAGGCGGACGAUAGCGACACGAUAAAGCCUUGUGACGGUAUAAUUUACACGUCCCCGAGAACUGGGAACCGCCUCGACGACAUAUGCCACCUCCGAGAUCCCACGCACUGGGUGUCGAGUAUGAAGUAUUGUGUGGAGUUCGAAUCCGCAUUCCGUGCGAUGUGCAUCGACGAAGAGCUUCAGACACAAGAGAUCGAUAAGAUCAUCGAAAUCGGCCCCCAUGGGGCCCUUGCCGGUCCCAUUCAGCAGAACUUGCAGCAAAUACCGGAGCUUGCCGCACUGGAAAUCUCUUACGUCUCCUGCCUGGCAAGGGGCAAGAGCGCCGUGAAAACCAUGCAACUUCUCGCUUUGGACCUCCUCCUCGCGGGCUACAACGUCGAUCUCACUGAUAUCAACUUUCCACAUGGAAGCGAAGCCGCAAAGCUUCACGUUUUGGUCGAUCUGCCCACCUAUCCCUGGAAUCACCAGACGAGAUAUUGGAAAGAACCGCGCAAUAGUAGAGCUGCCCGGCGGCGCACCUCUCCUGUCAAUGAUCUGAUCGGGUUCCAGGAGCCUUUGUGUCCCCCGUUUGCGCGCUCAUGGCAACAUAUCCUCCGUGUCUCCGAAGUGCCCUGGCUGCGUGACCACGUCGUAGGCUCACAUAUCGUGUUUCCUGGCACCGGUUUCAUCACUAUGGCUAUUGAUGGACUGUCUCAACUCCGUCAACCCGACCCAAAUUCAAACGUGAGCUACGUCCUCCGCAAUGUCGACCUGAUUCAGACGCUGAUCCUAUUUGCGGACGGAGACCAAGGGGUGGAAUUGCGUCUAACCAUUCGUGCCACGGACCAGAAGAGUCUCGGAACCCGGGACUGGCAGGAGUUUUCGGUUUACUCGAUCGUCGGAGAGAAGGACGAAUGGGUAGAGCACUGCACAGGGCUGAUUCGCAUCGAGGCCAAUGAUACCUCUAGCCACCCUUCUACUAGACAAAGUACGAAGCCUCCGCCAUGGAGCCGGAGGACGGCGCCGCAGGAUUUGUGGUCCUCGCUAUAUGCUACCGGGAUUUGCCAUGGGAUUUUGUUCCGGAACAUCGAGAGGAUUGAGAGCGAUGAGCAGGGAAAGUCGUGGUCGACUAUGACUAUCGCUAAUACAGCGAGCGCAAUGCCGCACGCCUACGAGAGCCAGCAUGUUGUACAUCCCACUACGUUAGACUCGGCGAUUCAGGCGGCUUACACCGUGCUUCCAUUUGCUGGGACACGAAUUGAAACCACCAUGUUACCCAGACACCUUGGCUGUGCGAAGAUUUCUGGUGGACUCGUCGGAUUGAAAGCGGGUGAGCAGCUGUGCGUACAGGCCAUGAUGCAGGAUCAGAGUCCUUGUGCAUUCGAAGCUGAUGUAGCGGUAUUUACCGAGUCAAAUUCGCCGCCAAAUGCCGUCAUCGAGUUGAAAGAGCUCACGUUUCAGUCGGUGGGGAUUGGAAUCGGCGAUCACAAGCAGAAUUUGACUACAAAGGAUAGUCCCCUUAGCUCCUGGCAUUGGGCUCCGGAUAUUACGCUCGUGAGCCCCGCGUGGCUUGCGAGGGCUCUGAAUGCUGAGACCCAGCCUGAAGAAGUCGAGCUCAUGUUGGAGCUUCGACGGUGCACGGUGCACUUCAUCCAAGAAACCAUAAACGAUCUGCACGUGGAGGAUGCUGCGCUGCUGAAAGGCCACCUCGCCAGACUUUAUGCCUGGAUGCAAAGCCAGCUUUUAUACGCCACGAAUGGGGAGUUAGGGCAAGGCAGUGCCAAAUGGCUGAGAGACGAUGAGGCGGCGAGACUAAGCCUGCGAUCCAGGGUGGCUGCCAACAGUACCAACGGCGAGAUGGUCUGUCACCUGGGGCUCAAACUACCAAACAUCCUUCGUGGGGAGGCCGACCCUCUGCAAUUGAUGAUGGAAGAUCAUCUGCUAUCUCGAUACUACGGCGAGGCAAUCAAGUGGAGUCGGUCCAACGCGCAGGCCAGCGAGCUCGUGCGCCUCUGCUGUCACAAGAACCCGCGCGCUCACAUCCUAGAAAUUGGCGGCGGCACUGGGGCUUGUACACAGCAUGUCGUAGACGCCUUGGGGCCCACGAAGCCGGUCGGCCGCUACGACUUCACGGAUACCUCCGUCGCGUUCUUCGAAGCGGCGCGCAUGCGGUUCUCGAGAUGGGAGGACGUUAUGGACUUCCGCCGGUUGGAUAUCGAAGCUGACCCCGCCGCGCAGGGCUUCGAAUGCGGAUCUUACGACGUGGUGUUGGCGUGUCAGGUCCUUCAUGCCACGCGCAACAUGCGGCGCACAUUGGACCAUGUGCGUCAGUUGAUGAAGCCCGGGGCCAAGCUCAUUCUCGUCGAAACCACCCGAGACCAGCUCGAUGAGUUUUUCACUUUUGGGCUCCUUCCUGGCUGGUGGUUCGGAGAGGAGCCAGAACGCCAGUCUGGCCCAUCAUUGACCCCUGAGAUGUGGCACAGUGUACUGAAUGCUACGGGGUUCAGUGGCGUGGACUUCGAGGCCCGCGACUGUGAUAGCGACGAGUUCUAUAUGAUUAGCACCAUGAUGGCCACGGCAGCGCCGGUAUCAUUUUCAGAUGCACAGAUCGAGGUCCUUUUGAUAUAUCUCGAUCUCUCUCCGCCCAUUGCUUGGACCCAAGAUUUGCAGGUUGCCCUUGGCCGCAGGAGCAGUUCUUUAACCUCACUACGGGAGCUUAAGGGUGGCUCUGAGGUCGAGGGAAAGAUUUGUGUGUUCCUAGGGGAGGUAGAACACCCGAUACUUGAGUGCGUGAGAGAGAAUGAAUUCCAACUCUUGACUUCAGUGCUGCAGAUGAGCCGGGGCACGCUAUGGGUCACCCGUGGAGCAAGUAUUGCGUCGGAGGACCCAUGGAAGGCUUUGCACCUGGGCCUGCUACGCACCCUCCGCAACGAGAAUCCAGGCAGCAAGUUUGUCUCAUUGGACCUUGAUCCCCGACGCGAGCCGUGGACGGCUGAAUCUCGUAAUGUCAUUGCAGAUGUCAUGAAUGCCUCUUUACUUGGUUCGUCGCAGAAGGAGUUUGAAUAUGCAGAGCGGGAUGGUGUUGUGCUUGUGCCUCGCUUAUUCAGCGAACCAACCUUCAUCCACGAGGAAGAUUCCAUUGUCAUGGAGCAAUUUCAGAAUGAAAAAUGUCUGCUGCGAUUAGAUGUGCAGACUCCAGGGCUACUGAAUUCUCUCCACUUCCGCAUGGAUCUUGCAGACGCAGCUGGGACAGAUGAACCGUCAGACGACUGGGUCGAGAUCCAACCAAAAGUGUUCGGUCUCAACUUCCGUGAUGUCCUCGUAGCCAUGGGCCAGCUAGAAAGCGAUCGCGUCAUGGGUUUUGAAUGCGCUGGUGUGGUUACAAACCUGAGCGAGAAAACUGCAGCUGCAACCAAACGCGGUCUCGCAGUCGGAGACCGGGUCUGUGCCCUUCUGAAAGGGAAGUGGGCGUCCAGGGUGCGUACAGCCCGAACCAACGUCGUUCGCAUUCCAGAGACCUUGAGCUUUGCACAAGCGGCUUCCAUCCCAUUAGCGUUUACCACAGCCUACAUAUCUCUCUACACUGUUGCUCGGCUGCGACGGGGUGAAAAGGUGCUGAUACACAGUGGCGCGGGAGGAGUUGGCCAGGCGGCCAUAAUUCUUGCUCGGCUAGUCGGAGCUGAAGUUUUCGCCACGGCUGGAACCCAAACAAAGCGCAAUUUUCUCAUCGAUAGAUUCGAGGUAAGCCCCGACCAUGUAUUCUCGAGUCGAGACUCCAAUUUUGUUGCCGGCGUCCAAGCUUGCACUGGCGGCAAGGGGGUGGAUAUGGUGCUCAACUCACUCUCUGGACCUCUCCUGCAAAGCAGCUUCGACUGCCUGGCUGACUUUGGCCGCUUCGUCGAGAUUGGCAAGAAGGACCUUGAGCAGGAUAGCCAGCUUAGCAUGGCGACUUUCGCGCGGAAUGUCUCGUUCUCCUCGGUCGAUAUCCUGUACUGGCAGGCGUCCAGGUCGGCUGAAGUCUCCAGAGCAAUGUCGGAGGUUGUGCGGCUUCUGGAACAAAGAACUAUAGACCUGAUUGGACCGAUCUCAGAAUACUCUGUAUCAGCCAUUGAGAAGGCAUUCCGUACUAUGCAGGGCGGGCAGCACGUUGGAAAGAUCGUGGUGACUACAACCGGGGCGGACAUGGUUCCUGUUCACCGGGAAGUUAUACCAAUCGUGCUGAAGCCUGACGCAUCGUACCUCGUCGCUGGCGGGAUGGGUGGUAUCGGAAGCCGGAUUUGCGAGUGGAUGGUGAAGCGGGGGGCACGACAUUUACUGAUUCUAUCCCGGAAUACGCGUAGGCGACCAUUUGUGACUGGCCUACAGCAGCGGGGCUGUACCAUACGCCUACAUGCCUGUGACAUUGCUGACGAGGGCCGACUUCAGGCAGUCCUUGGACAGUGUCAGGAGGAUGGCAUGCCGCCAAUUCGAGGCGUCAUCCAGGCGGCCAUGGUGCUUAAAGACACCCUUGUCUCGCAGAUGACGGCCCACGACUUCCAUACCGCACUACGCCCGAAGGUUCAGGGCAGCUGGAAUCUCCACAAUAUUGCACCAGACGUGGACUUCUUCGUUAUGCUCUCGUCUCUCGUGGGUGUCAUCGGUGGCGUGGGACUCGCCAACUAUGCGGCCGCGGGGGCGUUCCAGGAUGCGCUUGCGCAGCAUCGGACGGCUCAAGGCAAGCACGCCGUCACCAUCGACCUUGGGAUGGUCAAGUCGAUCGGCUAUGUGGCGGAGGCCGACCCAGCCGUGGCAACACGACUGGCCCGGAUGGGCUAUCAGGCCAUGCAUGAGGCAGAGGUCCUGGCCGUGCUCGAGCAAGCUCUGCGAAUGUCUUCGACGUCGCCCGCGUUAUCCUCCCCUACACCCACAUCGCCCGCUGUGAUCGUCACCGGCAUCAACACGGGCCCUGGUCCCCACUGGACCGGCGCGGACUGGAUGCAAGAGGCGCGCUUUGCAGGCAUCAGGUAUCGCGAUCCCGUGUCAGGCCACCAGCAUGGAGCCUUAUCGUCCACCCCCUUUCAUGACGAUAGUCUUCGCAAUCAGGUGAGCAGUGCCACUACCCAAGAGGACGCCACUGCUCUGGUGGUGCAGGCGAUCGGGCAAAAGCUUGUGUCUAUGUUUGGUCUCGCUGAUGCUGAGAUGUGUGCCAACCGAACCUUGGCUGGGGUGGGCGUUGACUCACUCGUGGCGAUCGAACUGCGCAACUGGAUUACCGCCCAGUUGAAGGUGGAUAUCUCUGUAUUCGAUCUGAUGAAAGGAAGGACAAUUGCUGAGCUAGCGGAGGUGGUGACGAAGCGGUGCGUGGGAGCUCUUUGGGAGUGA